CCCCACCCCAAAGCCCUCCUCAAGACUGCGAUUCGCUCAGACUCCAUCCCUCAACUCCUCGAAUCUCUUGCCCUCGCACGCUCAAAAUCCCCAGACACAUUUUCCUCCUUUCUCGCCUCAACUCUCGUAGCCACUAUCUCCGCCGGCUCAGUCCCACUUACGACCUACCUUCUGGAAACCGAAAACGCGGGCGGUUCUUUAUCUCAAGUCACUGCUCAAGUUGUCUCUACUGCCCCAUCGAUAGGCUUGCUUGAGGUGCUGGUGAGGCAUGGUUGGGAUAUUAACCACCAGGAUCCGAAAGAUAUAAUGCACAAAGGGCAGCGGCUUAUUGACCGGGCGGUUCAGGAUGAAGAGCUGGUUAUGUGGCUAGUGGAGCAUGGGGCGCGCGUGGAUUUUCCAGACGUCGAGCCAGAUCUGGAGAGAUUGGAGGAUUGGCCUGCGCCAUUGCUAGAGACGUGUGCGGCGCUCGGGAGUCUGAAGACGUUUGUGUAUUUGCUGGGUAAGGGCGCGAGGUUAGGACGGAGGACAUUGCACCGAGCCGCCGGUGCAGGGGCACAGGUUGGUGCUGAACCAGACUCCCUAUCGGCUUCCGACGACGGGAAUAUAAGCCCAAGAGGCGGCAGCCAAGAUGGAGAAGACAGGAGCAGAAACUACAAGAAACAGCGGGAACUAAUUCUGCGAUACCUGGUUGAUGAACUACGCGUGAAUAUUAAUCAGAUAGAUACGGACGUCCCUCGUGGUCAUUGGUUUUAUGGUUCCCCAAUUAAUUAUGCGGCGAAGGAAAAGAAAGGGGCAGCCGUGGUGAGGUGGUUGCUAGAGAAGGGUGCAGACCCGACGAUUAAGUCU